CGGCCCCGUCGGAGCCGCCUCAGCCGGGCCCGCGGUGCCGCCGCCAUGGCGGGGGACAGCCCCAGCGCCGUGCCGGUGCAGCUGGUGGAGCAGCCCAGAUUGCAGAAACUGAAGGAGAUGUUUAUAUCAAAGUUUGGAUCAGCUCCCAAGUUUUAUGCUCGUGCACCAGGACGAGUCAACUUAAUAGGAGAACACAUAGACUACUGUGGUUAUGCUGUGCUCCCCAUGGCUAUAGAACAAGAUAUCCUGAUUGCAGUAGAACCUUCACAAAAUCAAGUUGUGCAACUGGCAAAUACCAGUUCUUUGUACUUGGAUUUCAGUACUAGUGUUAAUAACAUCCAGAUUAACAAAACCAAACCUCAGUGGCAUAACUACUUCCUGUGUGGACUGAAGGGUAUUCAGGAACAUUUUGGUCUCAAUAACCCAACUGGAAUGAAUUGUCUGCUCGAUGGAACCAUCCCUCCAAGUUCUGGUCUCUCUAGCUCCAGUGCUUUGGUGUGCUGUGCAGGACUCGUGACACUCAGAGCUAAUGGAAAAACCCUCUCUAAGGUGGAACUUGCAGAAAUUUGCACAAAGAGCGAACGUUACAUUGGCACAGAAGGUGGAGGAAUGGACCAGUCAAUCUCUUUUCUGGCAGAAGAAGGAACUGCCAAGUUGAUAGAGUUCAGUCCACUGAGGGCAACUGAUGUUAGACUUCCAAGUGGAGCAACGUUUGUUAUUGCUAACAGUUGUGUUGAAAUGAAUAAAGCAGCAACUUCUCAUUACAAUAUUAGGGUAAUGGAGUGUUGGCUGGCUACAAAGCUUCUCUCAAAGUCAAAAGGCCUGGAGUGGAGAAAAAUGUUGAGACUCCAUGAUGUGCAAAGCAAGCUGGGAGUUAGCCUAGAGGAAAUGCUGACCAUUGUCGAGGAGGUAUUACAUCCUGAGCCUUACAGCGCAGAGGAAAUUUGUAAAUGCCUGGGAAUUAGCCUGGAGGAGUUCCACUCUCAGAUCCUUAGUCAAAACAUGCAAGAUGUUUCCACCUUUAAGUUAUACCAGCGUGCAAAGCACGUGUACAGUGAAGCUGCCAGAGUGCUGGAAUUCCAGAAGAUUUGCAGUGAAGCACCUGCCAAUGCACUCCAGCUGCUGGGAGAAUUAAUGAAGCAGAGCCAUAUCAGCUGCAGGGAGAUGUAUGAGUGCAGCUGUCCUGAACUGGACCGCCUGGUCGACAUCUGCCUGCAAUUUGGGGCCAUUGGGUCACGUCUGACUGGAGCUGGAUGGGGUGGCUGCACUGUGUCAAUGGUGCCUACUGACAAGCUGAACACUUUCCUAAAAAAUGUAAAAAAAGCUUAUUACCAAACGGAUGGCCAAAGGUUAGCAGUGGAGAAUAACAGUCUGUUUGCUACCAAACCUGGAAGAGGAGCUUUGGUUUUUGUUGAGGCCUAAAGAACAUAAAAAUUUUAAAGAAACUAUGUAGAGCAUGUAGAACUGGCAGUACUUCCCAUGCCACAGUACAUGAAUGCUUUUUUCUGGUUUGUAUUGUAAUGAGCAGUUGCUAUUAUCAAAAUGUAUUUCUGAAGAAGCAAUUAAAAGUAAACUCUUUGAUUAUAAAAGUCUUUUUCCCCCAUAUUAAAUAUAUCUUUCAGUAUAAACAUUGAUUUACUAAAACCUAAUGACAGGGAAAACUGAAAUUGAAAUAAAGAUGAUGAUUUGUUACAG